CACACACACAGAGAAAUAAACACAAUAAGAAAAACCGCUACACAAAAACAACCACAUCCACUGAGAGGACUACUGCUGGAGGAAACACUGGAAACACUGGAAACACUGGAAUACUGGAAUACCUAAACUUCAACACGCUGCGGACCGAGCCACGACUCAAAGUGAAAGUAAAUCUUCUUGUACCGACACACCUCGCUGUCCGUUUGCUGGGCUUUCAGUUUUACUGAGAGACAAAAUGUCUUCCAAAUCAGACGAGGAUUUCUCUUGUCCCAUCUGCCAUGAUAUCUACAAAGAUCCUGUGGUCCUGUCAUGCAGCCACAGCUUCUGUAAAGCCUGUCUGCAGAGAUGGUGGAGGGGGAAACAGGCACUUCUGUGCCCGUGCUGUAAGACUAAAUCGUCAACGGGCAAUCCACCUCGUAACUUGGCUUUGAAGAACCUGUGUGAGGCGUUCUUAAAGGAGAGAGAUCGCAAAGGAUCGGUAGAGUCUGAGGUUCUCUGCAGUCUGCACGCUGAGAAGCUCAGACUCUUCUGUCUGGAUCACAAGGAGGCCGUGUGUCUCGUCUGCAGAGAUUCAAAGAAACACACCGACCACACAUUCAGACCCAUUGAUGAGGCUGCACAGGAUCACAGAGAGGAGCUGCAGAAACACCUGAAGCCUCUGCAGGAGAAACUGAAGCAGCUGGAACAAGUUAAAGGAAACUGGGACCAAACAGCACAGCACAUUCAGGUCCAGGCCCGACAAACAGAGAAGCAGAUACAGGAGCAGUUUGAGAAGCUUCGGCAGUUUCUAAAGGAGGAAGAGGAGGCCAGGAUCGCUGCUCUGAGGGAGGAAGAGCAGCAGAAGAGUCAGAUGAUGAAGGAGAAGAUUGUGGGUCUGAACAGAGACAUAGCAGCUCUUUCUCACACAGUAAGAGUCACAGAGAAGGAGCUGAGAGCUGAGGACGCCUUGUUCCUGUUCAACUACAAGACUGCAGUAGACAGAGUCCAGCAGCGCCCCCUAUUGGACGAUCCACAGCUGCUCUCAGGAGCUCUGAUAGACGAGGCCAAACACCUGGGCAACCUGACCUUCAACAUCUGGAACAAGAUGAAGGAGAUGGUCUCCUACACUCCUGUGAUUCUGGAUCCAAACACUGCCGACCCCGAGCUUGUCGUGUCUGAAGAUCUGACCAGUGUGAGAUCUGGAGAGAGGCGCCAGCUUCCGAAAAACACGGAGAGGACCAAAUUCUCCUGCUCUGCUCUCGGCUGUCAAGGAUUUGACUCAGGGACUCACAGUUGGGACGUUGGCGUCGGAGACAACAAAGACUGGGAACUGGGCGUGUUGGGAGAGCAAACCCAGAUGAGCGAACGCCUGAAGGCAGGACUGUGGAGAAUUAUGUUCUUCAAUACGAAGUUGACAGCGUUCUCCACCUCAGGCUCAGAGCAGGAUCUGUCUCUGAAGAAGAAGCUCCAGAGGAUCAGGGUUCGUCUGGACUUCGACGAAGGAGAACUGUCUUUCUUUGAUCUUGACUCCAACACACACAUACACACAUUCAAACACACUUUCACAGAAACCCUGUUUCCAUACAUUUACACAGAGAGUCGUCUCGCAGUGAAGAUUUUACCAGUGAAGGUGUCUGUGACCGUGGAACAGCCGAGUUAGAGAUCAUGAUGAAAAUUCUCGAUUUACACACAUUUUUCAUUUGCCAAGAUAUAAUUUUGAUUAUUGUCUUUGGUCGUUUUAUAAAAUUGCGGGUAAUGCUAGAUUUACAAUGUUAUUAAUAAUCUCUGUUCUGUAAAAUUAAAUUACAUAUUUAGAAGUUGAAGAAGCAGAAAUCACUUCCAGUUCUUGCUCGAUGUGACUUUUGAGAGUGGUUGUGACCUCACGUGAGAAAUGUGGAAGUGACUGAGAGUCACUGCUUCGAUUGAAUGAUUCCGCUGCAGCAAGUUGAAGAGUGAAGCUGAACUGUAGAUCAGUCAAAAAGAAUUAGAAAUCCAAAUGAAGUAGGAAACUUUUGAAAUAUUAAAUAAUUCUGGUAAUAUCCACAGCUGAGGGGUGUUUCAGUUCAGUGAGUGGGACGACACAGUCAGAGCACGGAGCCCAACAGAGUUAAUCUCCACUUGUGCCUGCAGAGGGCGCUGUUGCCCAGUGUAGGCUACAUAGUGUUGCUUUAAAACCGGGAUACAGGUUUACUGAGCUCAGAGGCUUAUAAUAACAAUUAGAAAACAUAAUUAGCAUAAGCAAUGCAGUGUUGAACAACAGCUGAGCGUCGCUGUCCCCGGAUAAAAUAUCUGACGUGCUCGUGGUCGCUCGUCGUAUUAGCUGUAGCCAAUCACCUUGACAAGGGGCCUAAAUUGAACCUGUGUGUGUUUGUGUGCUCGCUGCUCACCGCUGCCGGCGCUUGUCAAAGAGAGUUUGCGAGAGAAGAACCGUACAAUCAGACAUCUUGACGGUGGUUAAUAUAGCAACCCAUCCUGAGAUGAUGGUUGACGAAGCUGUGAUGCUUUUACAGAUUCUUUGAUUGUGUAUCAUUUGUAUUUGUGAUGUAAAUUCUUGUGUCACUGGACGGUGGGGUUGAUAUAUUUUUGGAUAAAAUGCUUAGAAAUAGGUGGAAAUUCACAUAAUGAGGAAAAGGUGUUUUCAUUUAAUGUCUCCGGUAGAAGGGAAGUAUCACUUCAAUGUUUUGUGUUAUGUUGUGUUGAAAAUGUGGAUAUCAAAACUGAAUAGAUGUUUAACAGAAAGCGAAUAUAAAUUGUGCAUUGUGAUUUUUCUCUGAUUGUUCUUUGGAUUAUUUUAAUUGUGGGAUCAAUAAAAAUUAAAUCUAAGGGAUC